GAAGAGCGUUGUGCGGGUGGAUGACAAAAAGGACGAGGACAACAAAGUAAGAGGGAGAGAUGGUGAUCGUGAUUAGAUGGUCUUUCGAAUAUGACUCAAAGCGAGUUUGUUAAACCAUUUAUGGUCAUACAGGCUAUAAUUUAUUACUUAGCUAUUACGUCGUUCUCGUUUUUUCGAAUGCGACAUCGCCCAUUUUCCAUAAUAUCACGCUCCACCCCUGUGAAACACUAUCUACCAAUCCAAGAUUUCAAUGUCUUCCCACUUCUCAACUUUCUGAUGCACCCUCAGUGA